CAACAAAAUGGCGAUGAAACCUUUUGUUGCUGUUCAUGCUGGAGCUGGCUAUCAUUCUUUUUCUAAAGAAACUGAUUAUACUAAAACUAGUAAGACUGCCUGCCAAGUUGGAAUUAUGUCAUUGAAAAAUAACGUAUCAGCACUGAAUGCUGUAGUUUCAGUUCUAGCAGUUUUGGAAGAUGCGACAUGUACAAAUGCCGGAAUUGGCUCGAAUUUAACACUAAAUGGAACCGUAGAAUGUGAUGCCUCUGUAAUGGACGGACAUACAAGGGCUUAUGGAGCUGUUGGCGCUGUAUCUGGUAUAAAAAAUCCUGUAUGUAUAGCAAAAACAUUAAUUGAUGCUCAGCUGAAAGGAUUAUCUCUUGGUAGAGUCCCUCCGAGUAUUCUAGUCGGACGAGGAGCUUAUGACUGGGCUCUGAAGCAAGGUUUAAACCAUGUGUCCGAUAGCAUUCUCGUAACAGAAUCAUCACAAAAGACUUAUGAAAACUACAAACAAAAGCUUUUGGCACUUGAUAACCGGCUUAUUUGUAAAGCUAAAAGAAAAUAUCUUGAAAAGAAAUCGGUUAUAAAUCAUAGAAAAGAUUCGUCUUCCAACAUUGAAGAAGUUGAAAACAGUGAUGACAUUUCUCAGCACCAAGAUACAGUCGGUGCCAUAUGUGUAGAUAAACAAGGGAAUAUUGCUUGUGCUGUAUCUAGUGGUGGACUAUCUCUAAAACAACCUGGUCGGCUAGGUUCCGCAGCUGUUUUUGGUGCUGGUUGCUGGGCGGCUAAUAAUACUGCGGAUUCAGCUGGUAUUGGGGUUGUAACAUCUGGCACCGGUGAAUAUCUUAUCAGGACCAUUUUUGCAAAAGAAUUUGCCGAGUGUAUUCUCUCUGAAGAGGAUACAACAUUAGCUGUUAACAAAGCUUUUGAGCGGAAGUUUUUCGGAUCCCCUUUACUGAGCAAUAUUAAAGAUAAGUAUGCUGGUGCAUUGCUCAUAAAAUUAGUAGAAGCUAAUGAAAUUGAACUUGUGUCGGCACAUUGCACCUCAAGUAUGUGCGUCGGCUAUGCAAUUGAUGGAAAAGAACCAAAAGCAUAUAUAUCAAGACUCUCAAGCUCACAAAAACCUGGAAAGUCUUUAAGUAUUCAAGGGAAACAUUUCUUUUUAUGAAUUUCAUUUACAAGAUGACACAGAAUGUGUUAGUGCU